UUGCAGCACCUGGCGCGACAGUGCGGCAGGCCCAAAGGGAGUCUAUUGAGGUGCCCCGUGCCUCCCGGGGACUUGGCGAAGCGCAGCCGGCAGCGGGAGUGGGACUGUGCACGGCAGCGGCGGGGCUGCUCCCGUACCAUGUCGGCUGUUGCCUACAUGGACUUCGUGGCUGCCCAGUGCCUGGUGUCCAUCUCCAACCGCUCUGCCGUGCCUGAGGCGGCACAGCUGAAAGUGCCGGGCGAGGAGCAGGUGGGAAAGGACCUGUGUGACCCUCGUGAUGCUUGGAAGGACUACUGCACCUUGGUGACCAUCGCCAAGAGCCUCCUGGAGCUGAACAAGUACCGGCCCCUGCCCGUCCCCUCCGUCUGCAGUGGCAACGUGGAGAGCCCGGACGAGGACGUGUGCUCUGACAGUGAUGCGACCACAGAGCCGGGGUCGAGCCCGGCACGCAACUCGGCGCUGGGGCAGCCCCCCCACCUGUGUGAUGCCGUGCCCCCCAAGGGGAAGUUGGUGGCUGAGAAGCGGCACAAGUGCCCCUACAGCGGCUGUGGCAAGGUCUAUGGGAAGUCCUCCCACUUGAAAGCCCACUACCGAGUGCACACAGGCGAGCGACCAUUCCCCUGUACGUGGCCCGGCUGCCUUAAAAAGUUCUCUCGCUCCGAUGAGCUCACCCGGCACUACCGAACCCACACAGGCGAAAAACAGUUUCGGUGCCCCCUCUGCGAGAAGCGGUUCAUGCGGAGUGACCACCUGACAAAGCAUGCCCGGCGCCACACCGAGUUUCACCCCAGCAUGAUCAAGCGAUCCAAAAAGUCCAGCUCUUUGUGAAGGCAGAGCUGGCCUGGGGAGGGGAGUGGGGGAAGCAAGCCGCGGCAAGGACAUGGUGAACAAUGCAAGAGCAGUCCGCUGCCAUGCUGUUCACAGUCUCUACUCACGGUUUGAAAGCACA